CUUAAUCCCCUGACAACACGAGAAUAAAAGAAAGCUUAGAAACCCACUCCUCGUUCGUUCAAAGGUAAAGUCUACGCUCUUCAGUAGAAUAUACAUGCGGAGACCGGCAGACGAAAUAUGAAUCUGACUUGGGAUGAAUAGAGGGAGACGACCCAGGUGGCGCUUUUCUCUUUUGGAGAUCCCUUCCUUCAUCACUUGGCUACCAGUGUUUUUUUCCUUACUAUACUCUAGGCCAGCCCAGAGAACUAUGAGAAAGGAGAAUGAGAGAAGAAGCAAAGCAUAUCAUGCACAUUCUAUAUAUAUAAUUGCAUGAAGUAGGAAGAAGUGGUGGGCAGAGGGCAGAAAAAUGUGGAAGAUGACAUCAACACUACUGCCGACAUUCAGAGUUACAUGGCCGCUGAAAACUCCUGGGAUUGAGUUGUCUGGGUUUGCUGUUGGUCUUGCUGCUGUUGGCCUCGCUGCUGUCUACUUUUUCUAUGGAAGAAGGAAGCCCAAAGGCUGCUUAGACCCAGAAAGAUUCCAGGACUUCAAACUAGUCCAGAAAACUCGAAUCAGCCACAAUGUUGGGAGGUUUAGGUUCGCCCUUCCCACGCCUACCUCAGUGUUUGGUCUUCCUGUUGGACAACAUAUAAUUUGCAGGGGAAAAGAUGACCAAGGUGCAGAAGUUAUCAGGCCAUAUACCCCAAUUACUUUGGAUUCAGAUGUUGGUUUCUAUGAACUAGUUGUAAAGAUGUAUCCGAAGGGACAGAUGUCCCACCAUUUCAGAAAGAUGCGUGAAGGCGAUACCCUGGCUGUAAAGGGACCCCGGGGGCGUUUGAUAUAUAAACCUGGCCAAGCUAAAGCAUUUGGGAUGCUUGCUGGAGGGACUGGCAUUACCCCAAUGUUCCAGCUAACAAGAGCCAUAUUAGAGAAUCCAAAAGACAAAACUAAUGUGCAUCUUAUAUAUGCCAACAUCUCAUAUGAUGACAUUCUUUUGAAGGAUGAAUUAGAUGGCUUUGCUCGCAAAUUCCCUAAUCGUUUCAAGGUUUUUUAUGUUCUUAGUCAGCCUCCUGAAGCAUGGAAUGGUGGCAUUGGACAUAUAUCCAAAGAAAUGAUUGAAAAGCACUGCCCAGCCCCAGCACCUGAUAUUCAGAUAUUGAGGUGCGGUCCACCGGGCAUGAACAAGGCAAUGGCUGGUCAUCUUGUGGCCCUUGGAUACACUCCCCAAAUGCAGUUUGAGUUCUGAUCAAUUGUGUAAUUUUUUCUCCUUCUUGAUUAUGGUAUAGAAUACUUCAUUAUUUGCAUAAUGUCCCUGGUAGGCAGCAGUAUUUGCUGGUUUGAGAAACUCUGAAAAUUGGCAUUGUGGGAUUAACUAGUUCAUUUCCCUUUUAUUGCAAUGAUUCAAAAGCAGAUGGGAUUUGGGUUUGGCUUUCAA